AAGGAAGCGGUUCAGUCGUGGUUAAGCGCCACGGUAGCACACAGCCGCAAAAUGAAGGUCCUCAUCUUGGUGGCCAUUUUGGCCGUGGCAUUAGCCGAAGAUAAAAAAGCCGAGGAUUCCCCAACGUCGGAUUCGCAGAACGCCCAGGUGGAGAAAAAGACGGAAAAGCGCGGCCUCCAUAGCAGUUAUGGAGAUUUUGGAAGUUACGGCGGCAGUUGGGACCAUCCCCACGAGGAACACGUUAAGACUAUCACCGUAGAGAAAAAAAUUCCGGUUCCGUACGAAGUUACCAAGCACGUUCCGUACGUAGUGGAGAAACACGUUCCGUACGAAGUCAAGGUCAACGUUCCGCAGCCCUACACCGUAGAGAAACACGUUCCGUACCCGGUUAAGGUCUUCGUAAAGGUUCCGGUCCACGUUCCGCAGCCGUACACCGUAGAGAAGAAAAUUCCGUACGAAGUUAAGGUUCCAGUGGAUAAGCCGUACGAAGUAAAGGUCUACGUUCCGCAGCCUUACACCGUGGAAAAACACGUUCCGGUGCACGUAAAGGUUCCUGUUCCGCAGCCUUACACCGUGGAAAAACACGUUCCGUACCCGGUUAAGGUUAAAGUGCCGGUUCCUGCGCCGUACACCGUAGAGAAACAUGUUCCGUACGAAGUUAAGGUUCAUGUGGAUCGGCCCUACCCGGUUCAUGUGCCCAAGCCUUACCCAGUGACUGUCGAGAAGCCCUACCCGGUUCCUGUUGACAAACCGGUGCCUUAUGAGGUCAAGGUUCCUGUGGACAAGCCCUACCCAGUUCAUGUUGAGAAACAUGUUCCGUAUCCGGUUAAGGUUCCUGUUCCGCAGCCGUACACCGUUCACAAACCUUAUCCGGUGCAUGUGGAGAAACCUGUUCCGUAUCCAGUUAAGGUUCCGGUGGAUAAGCCUUACUUUAUUGAGAAGAAGGUUCCUGUUCCAGUGGAAAAGGAGGUUCCGUAUCCUGUCAAGGUUCCUGUUCCGUAUCCUGUGCAUGUUCAUCAUGAGCACCACACUGUUCAUCAGCAGGAACACCAACAUCAUGAAGAGGAGCACCAUCAUGAAGGCGGCUUUGAACCUUCUUCUGGGUAUGGACAAGAUGGCGGACAUGAGAGCCAUGGCCAUGAAAGUCAUGGGUAUGGAGGUUAUCACUGA